AUAUAAAAUUAAACUAUUUUUCUUCAAAAAAAUUUUUUAAAAGGAGAAAAAAGAAAGACGAGAGAGAGAAAAAUGACGAUCGCGACAGUGACCUCGUUGGCGAUAAAGGGCGCCACUCUGCUACUCGGAAAGGUGGCGAUAAUCCCCAUCAUCAUAGUGGCGCUGGCCUACUACAAUUAUGAUCUAAUGGAUCCCGAGAAUUAUCCGAAAGUGACGAACAACAUAAGGAGAGAGUACGAUUUCGUGGUGGUCGGCGGUGGAUCGGCCGGGAGCGUGGUUGUGAAUCGGUUAACAGAGAAUCCAGCGUGGAGCGUGUUGCUGUUGGAGGCUGGUGGACACGAGACCGAGAUCACCGACGUACCUAUACUCUCUCUUUACUUGCACAAGAGCAAGCUGGAUUGGAAAUACAGGACGCAGCCGCAGGAUUCAGCUUGUCAGGCGAUGGUCGAUCGACGAUGCUGCUGGACCAGGGGAAAGGUUUUGGGAGGUUCGAGCGUGCUUAACACGAUGCUAUACAUUCGAGGGAAUCGGCGAGAUUUUGACCAGUGGGAAAGCUUUGGAAAUCCUGGUUGGGGUUACGAGGACGUUCUGCCUUAUUUCAAAAAGUCCCAGGAUCAACGAAAUCCCUAUCUGGCUCGCAACACUAAGUACCAUAGCACUGGUGGCUACCUAACGAUCCAAGACUCCCCGUACAACACACCCUUAGGCAUAGCUUUCCUCCAGGCUGGCGAGGAGAUGGGCUACGACAUCGUGGACGUGAAUGGCCAGCAACAAACGGGCUUCGCGUUGUAUCAAUACACAAUGCGACGAGGUACCCGAUGCAGCACCGCCAAAGCUUUCGUCAGACCGAUCCAACUGCGGAGAAAUUUUCAUCUGUCACUUUGGAGCCACGUGACUAAGAUUCUGAUCGAUCCAGUUACGAGAAGAGCCUACGGCGUCGAAUUCAUCAGAGAGGGGCGGAAACACGUGGUCCACGCCAGAAAGGAGGUGAUCCUCUCAGCAGGUGCCAUAAACUCCCCUCAACUGCUGAUGCUGUCGGGUAUCGGGCCCAGGCAACACCUGCAACAAGUGGGGAUCCCGGUGAUCCACGACUCCCCCGGUGUCGGGCAGAACCUGCAGGACCACAUAGCGGUCGGCGGUUUGAUCUUCCUGAUCGACUACCCGGUCAGCACGGUGAUGACCCGAUUGGUGAACCUGAACUCGGCGCUUAGGUACGCGAUCACGGAGGACGGGCCGCUGACGUCGAACGUCGGCCUCGAGACGGUCGGGUUCAUCUCGACGAAGUACGCGAACCAGAGCGACGACUGGCCGGACAUCGAGUUCAUGCUCACCUCCUCGUCCACCACGUCCGACGGCGGCACCCACGUGAAAACCGCCCACGGGCUCACCGACGAGUUCUACAACGAGGUGUUCGAGUCCAUCAACUACCGCGACGUGUUCGGUGUCUUCCCGAUGCUGCUCAGGCCCGAGUCACGUGGCUUCAUCAAGCUGAGGUCCAGCAACCCCUUCGACUACCCGCUCAUGUAUCACAAUUACCUGACGCGCCAACAGGACGUCGACGUGCUCCGGGAAGGCGUGAAAGCAGCGAUCGCGCUCGGCGAGACGAGCAGCCUGAAGAGGUUCGGCGCCAGGUUUCACAGCCGCGCGUUGCCGAACUGUGGCCAUCUGCCUCUGUUCACGGACGAGUACUGGGACUGCGCCAUAAGACAAUACACCAUGACGAUUUAUCACAUGAGCUGCACGGCGAAGAUGGGCCCGCCCAGCGACCCCAUGGCCGUCGUGGAUCCCGAGCUGAGGGUGUACGGUGUCAGCGGGUUGAGAGUGAUCGACGCGUCUAUCAUGCCGACCAUCACCAGCGGGAACAUCAACGCGCCGGUGAUCAUGAUCGGCGAGAAGGGCGCCGAUCUGGUGAAGAGGCAGUGGUCGCCGAGGAGAAAGAGGGACAACGUGACGAGUGAUGAGUGACGAGUGUUGAAGAGAGAUUGUUGGGAGCUGGGGAAUUAUUCGAAAGUCUUGGAACUACUUCUACGACGACGAGUAAUCGACAAGGUAAUUGCUAUCUACGCGAUCGGGAGUAUCCGGAAAACCGUUUCAAGUGAAUUGUUACGACACGUGUAUAAUUUGCUGAUUGUUACAAUGUACACGUGGACGAUUUAUCUUGAAAGUGGAAUUUGUUUUGUUAAUAAAAGUUGUUCAGAGAGAGCCACGAAAUUUGCUGAAGACAGAAAGAAGAAAAAACUAAUUUUGGUUAGGUUUCGUAGGGAAAAAAUGGUGCACAAUGAUUUCAACUCGUGUAACACUGGUGUUACACCACGAUACUAAGAGUUGGCAAUUGUUUGUGUUUCUAGGAGCUCUCGAUCUUCAAAUUACAGUCGAGAAAAAAAAAAAAAAAUCAAAAAGAACAUAUCGUUUCUAUCAACAGUCGACACAGUCGAGUUCUAUUUUAAAAUUCAACGUAAAAACUGCAUCGAACUACGGCUUCUACAGAUUUAGAUUUAGGUUUUUCAAUUUCACGUUAUUUUGUAAAUUAGAUAGAAUAAAAUAAAUUAUACUGUAGAGUAAAAUAAAUUAUACUGUCAUUUAAAUUAUAACAGAGAGAUGGAUGUAAAUGAGAAUAGCGUAAAUGACACAGAGUACAUGAAAUAAUAUUGUUGUUGUAAUAAUAAUAAUAAUAGUUAUUAUUAUUAUUUGUGCUCAUUUUUAAAUGGUCACGUCAACAAAGUCAUUAAUGACCACCAAAAAUGAAUAAACUUAUAUUUUUCAGUGAUUCGAAUUUCGCAAUAUUUUGUAAAUGAUAAAUUAAAGAAGAGGAAUUUGCAACACUGCAAAUAGUGUUUCUCGUUUCUCUUCGUGUUGUUUUGUAGAUAAUAAAUUAGAGAAAAGAGGCAGAACCCGAUAAAAUAGAAAUAUUUUUUAUCGACGCUUAAAUUCUUCAGUUUGAUUAUAAAAUGAUCAUAAAAUGCGUAAUAGCAUUUUUCACUGAUAGCUACUAAAUUUACAUUCAAUGAUUAUAGAAGAAUGCAAAGUCGAAUGAUUGUUUAACUGUCGUUAGAGAAAUCUGAUGUGUUAUAUGUAUUUUCAAACAAACAAUGAAAUACCGGGUUAGCAAUUGUGAAUGUGUUCGUUUUGUACUAUUUUUUUAUCAAUUAAAUGCAUUACUAUACAUGCAA